AUGGCGGGAAGAAUCAUUGUUUAUGCAAGUAGUCAUGGUUGGGGUCAUAACGCUCGACUCAUUCCGAUCAUUGAUCAACUAUGGGAAUAUCCAAUUGAAAUAGUUUCAACUGCUCCUGAAUGGUUUAUAAAAACAUCUCUCAAACAUUGGAGAAAGAAAGAAGUAAUCGUUAGGUCUAUCAAAACAGAUCCAGGUUGCACACAAAUUGAUCCGUUUACUAUUAAUGAAGAAGUUUCAAUUAAAAAUUGGAUUGAUAACUGGAAUAAUAAAGAUUCACUUCUCGAAGAAGAAGUUGAAUACCUCUUAAAAGGACCACCUGUACGCUUAAUCAUUUCAGAUAUUUCAUAUUUUGGUCAACUUGUUGCUGAAAAGCUUAAAGUCCCUUCAAUAUGUGUUGCUACAUUCGAUUGGGAGUUUGUAUAUCAAAAUAUAAUGCCAAAGAACCCAGAAUUGGCCUCUAUUCUCAAAGAAGUUGAUGAAAUUAGCAAGAGAUUUGAUUAUUGCUUGGUUCCAGGUACAAUCUGCAAACCACUUCAUAUCGGAAAAGAGAGAAUUACAUUCCAUUGGCUGUCAAGAAAACCAAAAAUACCAAGUUCAGAAAUGAGGCAAAAACUCAACCUAAAUCUCUACAUGGAUUCUGUUUUACUCAGUUUUGGAGGUCAUACACUCAAUAAAAUACCUCCACAAAUUUGGUCUCAAUACGGAAAUAUUCAAUUCUACGUUCUCAUGGAUUCCAGCGAGGUAACUAAGGAACCUGCAGAAAAUGUUCAUUUCCUACCUAACCAAGAAUGGUCAAAAAUGCAUAGCGAUUUGAUUAAUACAGUUGAUUGCGUUUUCGGAAAGGUUGGAUAUGGCUUAUGUUCCGAAGUUAUCAAUUGCAAGAAGCCAUUCUUGAAUGUGGCAAGCAAUUGGAACCCAGAAUCGCAAGUUCUUGAAAAAUUUAUGAAAACAACUGUUCCUAUUCAUACAAUAACCGAAGAACAGUUCCUAAAUGGUGACUGGCAGGCUCUUAUCAAUCUGAUUGAAUCAGAGAGAGAUCCAGACGUCUACAUUGAUGUUCCUGUUGAUGGUGAAGUCCAAAUCGCAGAUUGGAUAAGAAAUAAACUUGGUGAUAAGAAACCAAGUGAAUUACAGUUGCCAAUUUGGGUGUUUGGAAUAAUUCUUCUAAUUAUUACUUGGAUAUUACUCAAAUUAUUUAAAAGAAACUAA